GCCCACCUUUCUUCCGGGUGCUUUGGUGUCCCCGCCUUUCUCCUCCUGUCUUUCCUGAGGGAGAUUUAAUUUGCGAGCUCCAUCUUGUCAGCGCCAGGUCUCGGAAGUCUCCUUCUCACAGAACUCCUGCAAGCAUCUGACAAGAAUGUCGUACCAAUACCCUUCAGGCUUCCCAGGAUAUCCAGGCUAUCCUGGAGGCGACCCAUCAUAUCCACCAGGAGCACAACAGGCUUUUCCUGGGGGACAGUUCCCCCCUGCUGCAGGAGGAGGUGCAUAUCCACCAGCUUCUGGUGGGGGUUUUCCGUCUGCGCCUGGCGGAGGCUACCCUCCGGCAGGGGGAUACCCAGCUCCUGGUGGCUUUCCUGGAGGCAUGCCAUCUUACCCUGGAGGGCCAGGCUUUGGAGCGCCUGCUGGUGGGCCAGGUUAUGGUGCCCCUCCAGGUGCACCUGGUUAUGGAGCCCCCAGCGGAGUCCCUGGGUAUGGUGGGCCUGGUUUUAAUGCGCCAGCUGGUGGAUAUGGGGCUCCUAAUGCAGGGGGUUUUGGGGCACCCCCAGCUGGUGGAUAUGGAGCUCCUGGAGGUGCACCAGGCUAUGCUGGUUUUGCACAACCUUCAUCUCAAAGCUAUGGAGCAGGAAUGCCAGGUCAAAUGCCAGGUCAAAUGCCAGGCCAAAUGCCAGGUCAAAUGCCAGGCCAAGCACCCGGUGGAUAUCCAAGUGGCCCAGCACCAUCACAACCUGUGUUUUCAGCUAUCCCGUUUCAAGAGGAAAUGUAUAGCAGUACUCAGCAUCCUUAUGCAGCAGCAAUGACAGCUACCCAGGGCACAAUAAAAGCAGCACCUAACUUUGAUGCCCUAUCUGAUGCUGAAAAGCUAAGAAAAGCAAUGAAAGGAUUUGGAACUGAUGAGCAAGCCAUCGUUGACGUUGUUGCUAACCGUUCCAAUGACCAGAGACAAAAGAUUAAGGCAGCAUUUAAGACUGCUUAUGGCAAAGAUUUAAUAAAAGAUCUGAAGUCGGAACUAAGUGGAAAUGUGGAAGAACUCAUCAUUGCACUUUUCAUGCCUGCCACAUAUUAUGAUGCCUGGAGUUUAUAUCAUGCCAUGAAGGGGGCAGGAACACAAGAGCGAGUACUCAUUGAGAUUCUCUGCACGAGGACAAACAGUGAAAUCAAGAACAUUGUUUCCUGUUACAAACAUGAGUUUGGCAGAGACAUCGAGAAGGACAUUCGAUCAGACACUUCAGGCCAUUUCGAAAGACUGCUGAUAUCCAUGUGCCAGGGGAACCGUGAUGAGAACCAAAAUGUUAACCUGCAGCAGGCUGAGCAGGAUGCCCAACGCCUUUACCAAGCAGGAGAAGGGAAGCUUGGCACAGAUGAGUCCUCCUUCAAUUUAGUGUUAGCAAGUCGAAGUUUCCCCCAGCUAAGAGCUGUGGCUGAAGCGUAUGCUAGGAUUUCUAAACGCGACUUGAUUAGUGUCAUUGGCAGAGAAUUUUCUGGAUAUAUAGAAGAUGGCCUGAAAGCAGUUUUGCAGUGUGCUAUCAACCGACCUGCUUUCUUUGCUGAAAGACUUUACCGCUCUAUGAAGGGAGCCGGCACUGAUGAUUCCACUCUCAUAAGGAUUAUUGUCACCAGAAGCGAGAUUGAUCUUGUGCAGAUCAAACAGGCUUAUGUACAGAUGCACCAGAAAUCUCUGUCUGCGGCAAUCUCUAGUGAUACAUCUGGGGACUACAGGCGCCUGCUGAUAGCAAUUGCUGGCCAGUAGGUUUUCCCUGCCAGUGAAAUAUAUCCGAAGGAUUAUAUGUCCAUAUAUACAUACAUAUAUAUAGAUGCAAAGUAUAAACUGCACUGUUACAGGAACUGAUCAUGAACGUGUUCAUACCAUCAAUGUAAAGUUUGUCAGUUACAGAUUUUGUUUAUAUUUUUUACACACAUGCCUUAUAUAUAAACUAUAUAGCUGGUUUUCCCACUUGAACCAAAAAUAUCACCAUAAUAUACCCAGUGCCUUUGUUACAUGACAAAAAUCUAAAUUGUAUAAAAAAAAACAAAAAACUUAGGUCAGAAAGGAGUUUUCCCAUCUUUGCGAUACUCUCUACAAUCCUUUUGUUCAGUACAGAAAUAAUUGCAAAAACGAAAAGUUCUGCGUGAAACAAAUAAUGCAUCUUUAACUUGCUAUUGUUUCUCAGCUGACUUCACGGGAUCUGCUUUUAAUCCUAAAGAUCUUUCCCAUCUGCUAUUUUGUAGGCAAGCAAUGUUGCUCUGCAUAGAGAAUAAUGAGGCAAUGUAUGUGCACGUGACAAAGGGACCAUCUUGCAGGGAUAAGCAAAUGAUAACUAUGGCAGCAUGAAUAAACGUGUAAUGGAUUUUUACACACCAGUGUUUUAUGUCAUUUUAGUUUUUGUUUAGGGUUUCUGUUAUUUCCCAUCUCACAGCUCCUAGCAGCUCUCUACACCCUACGAUAGACAGUUGGAUCAGGAAGGGAGAAAGAAUGGCACAAUAGUGAUAGUUGGGGAGAGUUAUAUAUUAACUGGGUUUUAGGAAGGGCACAAACGGAACAGUAAAGACUAUAAGACAGUGUGGUGAAACUGACUGGAAUGUGGUGGCACCUUACCAAGGUCAGGCAAUAUAUGAUUGACAGCUGGGACUUUUAAAUGCUUAUAUAAUGGGUAUAGAUGUGGUAAUAAAAAAAUGACUUUGAGUUA